AUGUCUGCAAUAACAGAAUCAGACCAAUUGCGAGAGGAGGGGAAUGUACUUUAUAAAGCCGGCAAGCUUGAACAUGCAAUUGCAAAAUACAAACUCGCCGCAAAACGAGCACCGAACUCCUCCGCUCCUCUGCGAAACCUAUCUGCAGCGUACUUCGAGACGGGCCAUUACCGGAAAUGUAUAGCAACCGCAGAGCAAGCAUUGAAAUUGGGCGAGAGUGGCGGAGGAUAA